AUGGCUUGGGGAUUUUCGUCUGUUUUUCUCUUCUUGUUCGUCGUUUUCAAUCCGGUCGAGGGUAAGCUUGUUUUAGAAGACGGGUACGAGGUUACGACGGUGGUCGAUGGACACAAGACUGGUCUGAAUCCACACACGAUCCAUGCUCUACCGGGAUCCUCUAAUCUGAUCGUCCUUGAUACUUCCGGCAGCACAUUCUACACCACUUCAUUUCCUUUGUCCGUCGAUAGUGUGAUAAACCGUUUUGCUGGGGACGGGAAUCCCGGUUAUGUAGAUGGUAAAGCUGGUAACAGCCGGUUCGACAAGCCCCGUGGUUUCACUGUGGAUGCUAAAGGGAAUGUCUACGUUGCUGAUAAGACCAAUAAAGCUAUACGCAAGAUCAGCUCUUCAGGUUAUGUGACCACCAUUGCUGGAGGAAUCUCAAAGGAUAUCGGACAUAGAGACGGACCAGCACAGAAUGCAACUUUCUCUAACGAUUUCGAGAUAACUUUUGUGCCUCAAAGAUGUUGCUUGCUUGUUUCUGAUCACGGAAACGAAUUGGUCCGGCAAAUAAAUCUAAAGGAGGAAGAUUGCCUCGAAAGCUCUCAUUCUAAUUUAGGGACAUACUCUCUUUGGUCAAUAGGGAUUGUCCUUUCAUGCUUUCUUGGGUUAGCCAUUGGGUUUGCUUCUCGUCCUUACAUCAUUCGUCAUGAAGAAGUGAACCACCUCUCGCUCAUCGUGACAUCGAAGCUUCUCCUAAUCAAACUGGGGGAACAAGCUCUGACCUUCUUCUCCUGCAUUAGAAACCUUGUCGCUGGAUCAACCGUUUACUCGGUUCUAAGUAGACUAGUUAUGAUGAUCGUUUCUCACCUUUUCCUUAUGUAUUCUGCACUAAGUAGAUUAGUAAGUUCGAUGGUUUCUCCUCUUUUCUUCAUUUGUCAACGCAACAAUGUAGCCAUUUUAGACGACAAUAGCUACUCAAAGCCGCAGCUUUCUCUGAAACACUCUGAUGAUCUUAAGGACCUUAUUACCUUUGACGAUGUGCAAGAAACUAAUAACGACGAAGAACGCACUGAAACUGGUUCGUCUCUUCCACGUGCUGCAACCAUAGAUGACAUUAUUAAGGUUCAUGUUGAAGGGUUUUCAAAGUUGGCUGAGGAAAACACUGCAGCUCGUGGUUCUUCUUCCUCUUCUGAGUAG